AUGAACGACCCCGCAUUCGAUCCAUCAUCGGCAUUCAUGUUCGGCGAAGACGACGAGCAGUUUCACGCCGCCAUGCAGCGCGGUCUUUCACCUUUCAGCCAGAAUCCUGGGAUCAACAAUGGUCUCCAGCCCUACUAUGCCAUGAGUGCAACCAGCGAUGGCGACACACCUCCCAGCGUUAUUAGCAAUCCAUCCCUUCCACAAAUGAUGUAUACCCAGCCAGGUGAACCGUCUCCACUCGAUCCGUCAUGGUCUGAGCAGAUGCAAAUGCCCAUGCCCAUGCAGGCUCUUCCGCAGAGUCGUGCUCAAGCAGCAGGUGCAAUGUCGAGAAGUGGCGGCAGCAUCUCCCAGUUCGGCCAAAUCACACCACCAGAGGAGACAUCUUCUGUAGAACCCGCAGGUCGCCAUGACUCUGUCGAUGCGAAGGAGCAAGCCACUACAUCAGCAAAGUCAGAGCGAGCUCGCAAUGCUGCCAACUCCCGACACUCGAAAGCAAAGAGAGCGAAGAAGGAGAGCUUCAGCGGUAGGAUGGAGAGUCCUUCAGACGGAGAUGACAAGCGGGAAAAGUAUCGCGAGAAGAAUCGUCUCGCAGCGGCGAAGUGUCGAGCCAAGAAGAAGAACAACACGGAAGAUCUCGAGGAAGCGGCCAGAAUCGCAGGAUACCAGAACACCAGGCUGAAGCAAGAAGCUCGAGAGCUCCGCGAUGAGUUUUCCGAGCUGCGUUCUCUCGCUCUCAUGCACGAUAAGACGCAAGGCUGCACUUGCAGUGACAUGCACGCAUACAACCAGAACAAAGCUCAGGAGCAGGUCAUGGCAGUACGGACUGCCGGCCAUGCUUCUGACUGCAUCAAGCGUGGUUCACCAUCGCAAGACAGCAUCGACUCUCCAGUACAAUCUCCAGUGUUUGGCGAGGACUUCUCAAGAUCUCAUUCGUUCUCCGGAGGCAGGCCAUCCUUUCAGAAGGGCCACACAGCGCGUGCACACUCCUUGGCGGGACCGGGAAUGUCUUCUUCCAACAGCAUGAUGCAGCAUCUGGCGAGUCCACAAGGCGACGGCAGCCAAUUUGCCUUCAACACACAGCAGGAUAUGGCAGCUCUCGACCGGAUUAUCGAGGGCAACCAGGCCAAUGCGCAGUACGGCAGCUAUAUGCAACCUCAUCAAGAUCAGGAGAUGGGAUUCCAAUGA